AACAAGUAUUGUAAAUCGUUUUAUCUAUAUUUUGAAUCUGUAUACGUCAAUCAGAAGACUAGCACGAUAACCUAAUGACCUUAAUCAACGAAGUUCAUUGUGAAAAGACAUUAUAGUUUCGUUAUUCACGUCCGAGUCUAAACACGAUAGUGCUUCCAAUGGCUGGUUUAAAACAUUUAGUAAAUAAAAUCGAUGAUACCGUAGCAGAAUCCUUGUCAGGAUUAUGUUAUACUUAUCCGCAGUUAGAAUUAAUAUUAGCUCACAAAGUCGUUCUAUCUCCUGAUAUUAGAGAUCAGAAGAAUAAAGUUGCUAUAAUAUGUGGUGGUGGUAGUGGUCAUGAACCGUUUGUUGCUGGUUUUGUUGGUACUGGUAUGCUGACAGCUGCCAUAGCUGGUUCUAUAUUUGCAUCACCACCUUCUAAACAUAUAACACAUGCUAUUAAUUGUGUCGCACAGGAUAAUACAGCGGGUAUAUUAGUAAUAGUUCCAAAUUAUACUGGAGAUCGUCUUAACUUUGGAAUAGCGCUUGAAAAAGCAAAACAAGCGGGUAUUAAUAUUGCGGAGAUAAUAGUUGGCGAAGAUUGUAGUAUUCCUGAGAAAGAACGAAGUUCUAUUGGUAAACGAGGCUUAACUGGGAUGUUAUUGGUUAUUAAAAUUGCUGGUGCACUUGCUGAAAAAGGAAAAGCUCUUUCAGAAGUACUAAAAUAUGCAGAGUAUACUGUGGAAAAUAUGGCUACUUAUGCAGUUGGAUUAUCAGCAUGUUCUAUACCUGGUCAAGGAUAUAUGUUCGAACUUGCACCAGAUGAAAUAGAAGCUGGUAUGGGUAUUCACGGAGAAGCUGGUUAUGAACGAAUGAAAAUAAAAAAUGCAUCUGAAAUCGUUUCACUCAUGUUACAACGUAUUUGUGAAGAAUUAAAAUUGAUCAGCGGCGAUAAUGUUGCAGUAGUAGUAAAUAAUUUUGGAGCAUUAAGUCAAUUAGAACAAGGCAUUGUCACACAUGAAAUUAUAAAACAACUUAAUAAUAAGAGCAUACAACCACUUCGAGUUUAUUCCGGAAUUUUAGUAACAUCGUUAAAUAGUGUUGGAAUACAUAUUACGUUAUUAAAAAUUCCUAAAUGUCAUAAAAAUGUAUUUCUAAGCUGUCUGGAUGAUGCGACAAAUGCUCCAGGAUGGCCAGGUUGUUUUUAUAGUAUUCCUUUAACUAUAACACAAACACCGUUUAACGAAGUAGAGAAAAAGAAAUUAGACAAAAUUGGCAUUCAGGUAGAUAAUCAAUAUGGACAUUUAAUAAAAUUAUGUCUGCAAAAUGCAUGUAAAAGCAUUAUUGAAAAAGAAAUAUAUCUUAAUGAAUUGGACAGUUGUUGUGGGGAUGGAGAUUGUGGGACAACUCUUAAAAGAUUUACCAUGAGUAUUCAAAAACAUCUGAAUAAACUGUCUUUCACUUAUCCUUCUUUAUUAUUAGCACAAAUAGCUGAUAUUGCAGAAGAAAGCAUGGGAGGAUCAUCUGGUGCAUUAUAUUGUUUAUUUUUUACAACUGGAGCAAAAGAAUUAUUAUCCCUUAAAGAAAAUGAAGAUAUUACCUCUGCAUGGUCUCGUACAUUUUGUAGUGCACUAGAUAGUAUUAUAAAAUAUGGAAAAGCAAAACCUGGCGACAGAACAAUGUUGGAUGCAUUAGAUCCUGCAUGUAGAACAUUUAAACAAUUAGUAACAGCAUCUUUAACCGAUAUUAUUCAAAAUAUAACUAUUGCAACAUGGCAAGGAUGUGAAGCAACAAAAGGCAUAAAAGCUAGAGCAGGACGGGCCUCUUACGUAAAGCAAGAACAUUAUAUGCAACAGAUAGAUGCAGGAGCAUAUGCUGCUGCUACUUGGAUAACAGCUGUAGCAGAGACAAUUAAAAAUUUUUUUAAAUAAUGUAUUAAUACAUUACUUAUUUUAUGAUACUUCUGUAAAAGGUAUUAUCUUUUAUAGUUCUAUAAAAAUAUAUCGCAUUCACGGAGAAAAUGA